CUCAACCCCUGACAGGCUAUUGUGUUGUUUGCUGUUCCUUGUUUUUGCUGCAAUGGCUUUCCGUUUGUUGACCAAAGGCGCUGCAGCUGCCGCUCUUCGCCCUACUUUGACUCUUGCUACUCGCCAAACGGCCGUUAGCACUGCUGCUUUGCGUUCGUACUCGACUCCCUCCGAAUCCGAACCUAAGCAGAGCUCCAGCAUUAUCGACAUGCUUCCCGGCAACUCCAUGGCUGCCAAGGCUGGCUAUGUGACUGCCGCUGGUGGUUUGGCAUCCGUCGCCAUUGCCAAGGAGAUCUACAUUUUGAACGAAGAAUCUCUCGUUUUGUUCUCCACCACCGGUCUUAUUGUUCUCUUCUUGAAGUACCUUCGUGAACCUUUCAGCAACAUGGCCAACGAACACAUCAAUCGCAUUAAGUCCGUGUUGAACAAGGCCCGUGACGACCACAAGGUCGCUGUGCAGGAACGUAUUGAACAUGUUGGUCAAAUGAAGGAUCUCGUUGAAGUCACUCAGGCUCUCUUCGAGCUCUCGCGUGAAACUGCUCAAUUGGAAGCCGAAGCUUUCAAGUUGAAGCAAGAGGUGGCUGUGGCUCAUGAAGUCAAGGGUACCUUGGACGCUUGGGUUCGUCACGAAAGAAACGUCCGCGAACGUGAACAGAAGCAGUUGGCUACCUACUUGAUCGAGAAGAUCCAGCAAGAUUUGAAGGAUCCCAAGGUCCAGCAAGAUAUCUUGAACCAAGCUGUGUUGGAUGUUGAGAAACUCGCUCGAUCUGCUUAAGUAGACAAAACUACAGACAUUUCCUAAUAAAAAAAACCAAUG